AUGACAUUGCACCAUGGUGCCCAGUGUGCGCAGCAGUCGCACCGACUACGACGCAUCGUCUUCACAACCUACGCCCUUGUUCUCAAUCACUCCUACACACUACCACAUUAUUCAACCCAGUCGGCCUUGUGGGAGGCAAAGCUCGGUCGGGCUAAUACAUUUGUACCGGCACUGUACGUGGGCGAGGCAGACUCGCCACCAAUCUACGCCGUUCACACGCUAGCCGAGGUGGCACUGAAGCCGCGUCACGUGCACCGAGUGGCAGAGCACCUGCGACUAGCCUACGAGAGCAUGCGGGACGACAGUGCUGUCCUCGAUCUCAGUCGUCUGGUGAUGCCGAAGACAGAAGUGGGGGGAUUUUGGCCCAAAAGCCUCAUUGGACUCUACUACCUCUCGCCCGACUCACCACAGAUUAACCCCAUCUGGUCGCCGCCGUCCUGCCCACCACAUCACCUCUUCCAGCUGACCGACCAGUCACACAGAUCAAAGGGCCCUCCUAAACGCGAUGCAGCCGCCACCGCGGAGUGGUUCAUCGUCAGAACCGAGUCGUUCAAGCAUUCUGAGCAUUGUGAUUUACUACCGCACGUUUUCCAAGUGCCAUAUUACAAACGUGAGGCGGAGGAGGAGGAGAAAGCCCAUCUCGUUCCACACCGUGUGAGUGUUCCAUCAGUGCCAGUUCGAAGAAGUGAUUUGAAGUGCUUCGUAGAUAGACUCAUUCACUCACCUUGUUGUAAUGAGGAGGAGGAGGAGGAGGAGGAGGGGGUCACCAAUAUCCAGACGACAGGCUUUCCAAAGGAGGUGAAGACCGUUCUGUGGACCUUCUCCACCGUCAUCGUGCUCAUCAUCACCGUUGCCGUUAUCUUUGCCCUGCGAAUGCGAAACCGUGUGCGUCGCUACCUGCACUAUCAGCUUCGUACUUUCAUUCUCCACUGUUUGUCGCCCUUGCCAUGGCUCUUCACUGGUAGUCGAUGCUUUCCUUUGGACGUACUUGAAUGCUCCAAGGGCCCUUCAAAGCGCCGUCGUGUGCUUGUGGGACUCAGUGUUCUGAGGUGUCUCACAGUGAUGCUUGAGACUAAGGGGGUGAAUGAAUGCAUACACCACCUCAUUUCCCCGCCCCUGCCCCCACCCCCUGCCCCCAAAUGCAUGCAACCUCGUUUUGCGUUGGAAUUUCUCUCCUCCGGGUUCGUGGUUAUUGAAACGGUCACCAUGGGGCGUGGUAACACCGUCCAGUGGGAUAUGAAAGGAGAUCGUACCCCCACGAGUACCUCUUAG